GAGAAUGAAGUGAGAAUUCGUACAGCGCUUUUCGAGUGUCUUCUUUUAUAUAUAUAUAUAUAUAUAUUAUCUCUCUCUCUCUCUCUCUCUCUCUCUCUCUCUCUCUCUCUUUCAAAACUGCCUCAAAUGAUACACCAUUCCUAUCAAUAUAAUCAAUCAAAAAGCAAAGGUAUAAAAAGUGAUCGUCGAUGAAUUAUCAUAAAAUUUCCUCAAAAAACAACAAAAGAUACGAGGCACAGCAGCUUUUUGACCCUUGCAUGAAGACGUCGCUUGGGGGCUAGGCCAGUACACUUUCUCGUAGGAUUAUCGUAGGAUCAACAACUUCACUUGGACACUUUCAUUUAUUCGACUCUCUUUCCUCCGAUCUUGGUCGAAAUAUGAGUGAACCAUCAUGCGUUACUUCUUCUUUCUUUCGGUGCUUCUGCCCCUCACAUUCGCUCAAUAUCCACCUAUUUCCAACCUCACUAGAAUAACUUCCCCAGUCGAUGGGAACAUCACCAUCUCUUACAAAACACCACCAACAGGCACCUGCCAAACCGUUUUCGAUUCUCAAGAACAAUAUACAGGUUGGGUUAACAUACCGGGCAGUUAUGCGACGAACACGUUCUUUUGGUUUAUCUCUGCGAGAGAUCCUACAGAUCAACUUACUAUAUGGUUAAAUGGAGGGCCAGGCUCCAGCUCGAUGAUUGGACUUUUCAAUGAAAACGGUCCUUGUGAGGUUAUUGAAGUAGCACAGGGGAAGUUUGCGACGGAAGCUAGGGAUUGGGGCUGGGAUAGAGCUUCUAAUAUGCUAUAUAUUGAUCAGCCCAACCAGGUUGGAUUCUCAUAUGACACACCUACUAAUUGCUCUCUCGACCUUCUUACGUCUGAUUUAUAUACUCCACAGCAGACUCUCCCAGACUCGCAGCCUGCGGAUACAUUUUUAAAUGGAACAUUUAGCUCACUGAACGUUAAUAACACGGCCAAUACUACCGAGAUAGCAGGAAUGGCUAUAUGGCACAUGCUUCAAGGAUUUCUUGGUGCCUUUCCACAAUAUGCUCCAAACAACAGUUCUGCUAUGAACAUUCACUUGUUCGCAGAGAGUUAUGGUGGAAAAUAUGGCCCAGCUUUCGCAACCCUUUGGGAAGAGCAGAACGAGAAACGUGCAAACGGCACGUUGUCUCAAAACACAACCAUUGACAUUAAACUCAAAUCGCUUGGAAUAGUCAAUGGUUGUGUGGAUGACUUAAUUCAAGCCCCUUAUUAUCCUAAUUUCGCAGUCAAUAAUACCUUUGGUCUUAGUGCUAUCAAUCCCACAAGGGCAAAAUUGGCGACUGCCAACUUUUACGCUUCUGGUGGCUGCAAGGACCUAAUUACACAAUGUCGAGCCGCCGUGCAAAGCCAGGACCCUACAAAUGAGGGCAAUGUGUCAAGUGUUAACAGCGCUUGUUCCAAUGCAUACAACAGUUGUUUAACGAACGUACUGGAACCAUAUUAUGACGCUGGAAGAAGUGUAUACGAUAUUUCUCAUAAUCUGCCUGAUUCAUUUCCACCCAGUACAUACCUCGAGUACCUCAAUACCGCUGCUUUUCAAUCUGCUAUUGGUUCACCAGUCAACUACACUGAGACAAAUCUUCAAGUUGUUGCUGCUUUCACAUCCACUGGAGACUACGAGCGUAAAUCUUACAUACCCGAAAUAGCUGCGCUCGUAAAUUCUGGUAUUCAUGUUGGGUUGAUGUAUGGUGAUAGGGAUUAUAUUUGUAAUUGGCUCGGUGGAGAAGCUAUAUCUUUAGCCGUUGCAGAACAGGUUUCAUCUGAAUAUGCCUCGAAGUUUCCAGCCGCGGGCUACGCUCCUAUCAUAACUAAUACUUCUUACAUUGGUGGUGUUGUGAGGCAAUUUGGCAAUCUCUCCUUCAGUCGUAUAUACGACGCAGGUCACAGUAUCCCGGCCUACCAACCCGAGACCGCUUUCCAAGUUUUUGCCCGGAUCAUAAUGGGCACCUCUCUCUCGACCGGAGAAACCAUCAAUUCAUCGGUUUACAAUACCACUGGUCCCCUGAAUGCCACACAUACCACAAGUCUCCCAUCAUCCCCAACAAAUACAUGCUACCUCCGUAAUAUCCCCGGAACAUGUACGGAAGAUGAACGGCAGAUGAUCAUCGCCGGGAAGGGGGCGAUUGUCGAUGGAGUACUUUAUAGUGAUUCCUCGGAUUACAGUGCUCAUACUAGUACUAUAACAACAACAGGUUCUGGAAGUGCUAAGUCUGCCUCAGUUACUACCACUACAGAAAUCCUUACAGGUCUUUUCACUGCUACUGCAACUCCUAGUCCUAGCAAAUCUUUUGCGAUUCCUGUAGCAAGAUUGGAUUUCGGGAUUUUGUCGCUAUUCAGCGCAUUAGGAUUCUUUUCUAUCUUCAUCUGAGCAUUAUAUACAUGUAUGCGAACAGAUUUUUAAUAUUUCUGUCGUCUUUUCGAGACGAACACACUAUACCAUACUCCCGGAAAACAUUCAUGGCCAGAAAACUCUGGAAUACACAACAACUAUACUCGACAUUAGCGGCAUGGAAAUCAGCAUGGAAAAUGGGCAUUCGAAACUGGCGCAAAAAUUGAAGGCGCAAUAUCUCCGAUCGUAUCAGAUCAUAGCAGUGAUCAACUUGGCUAAACUCUCGAGAUGGCGUUAUUAUGGCGUUGCAGCACUCUUACAUCUACAUCUACAGACGAUAUACAUUUUCACUUCUUGGACCAAGUUCAUCCAGUCACAUGCAUGUAUGUUCAACUGGUCACUUCUACGUAUAUCCAAUUGUUCCUGUUCUGUCGUUGUACGUACUACGGUUUGACGGAUUGAAAAAAAAAAAAAAAAAAAAAAAAAAAAAAAACCGUUACGAAAAGAAAGAAGUGAAGGAACAACAGAAUUGGUUCCUAUUUUUUCAUCUGCUGGACGUGGAGGGCUUCUUGAUCUGUUUGCUGCUCGGGAAAUAUUAUAUCUCACAUUCUAUGUUUACAUCAGCGUGGGUGAUGGAUAACGGCUAAGUAAGCAACCGAAUGAUUAACUAGUGAAAGCAAUCUGGGUGAAUGGUUGGAUGGGACGGAAUGGAUUGGGAUGGUCAAAUGCAUUAUACCCUAUGUAUGCGUAUCAUAUUUUCUUUUGGGAGAAAGGGGGAAAGGAGGAUUUCAUGGCGUUUACUUCUCUUCUCUUUUCUGGGUUCGUCUUGGGGAAUGGGGCUCUCUCUGGGAACAUGAGGUGUGCAAAUGGAUAUUUGAUGGGGGGAUGGAGAUAAUGGCGCAAGGCAAUGCAGUGCAGUUCAGCGAGGCGAGGCGAGGGAAGGAAGACGGGGGAUACGAGAGAAAGAGAGAGAGAAAAAGAAAAGGAAAAAAUCCAAUUAAUGAUGAGGAUAAGGUGAUGUGAUGAAUGGAUGGAUGGAUGGAUGAAUAGGUAGCAGUCUGAGUUGAGUCGAAUACCUAACCAACCUGUCUACUUACCUAUCUAUCUACCUAUAAUGGAACGAAAUGAAAUUAGCAUGCACGCACGCACAUAGAUAGAUAAAAGUUUAAUACAUAUAUUUCAGACAAACUCA